AUGUCCAUUCUACCCACUCGCGAUGGUAUCUCGACUGUAGAGCCGCCUCUGUCUCAGGCAGCCGCUUAUGUGGUCGUGGUUGCCAUUGGAGUGAUUAUCGCUUUAGUGAUGAUGCUCAUUACGAAGAUCUUGAAGAAGACUACUGGAGAAGACAAUCAAAAAACAGAAAUGUUCAUGACGGCAAAUCGGACUGUCAGCACAGGUCUUACAACAUCUGCAGUAAUCUCGUCCUGGCUAUGGUCGACCGCACUCCUCGGAUCCUCGUUUGUUGGAUACGACUAUGGCGUUGCCGGCCCCUUUUGGUUUGCUGCGGGCUGUAGCCCCAUGAUCGUGUUCUUCGCUCUUCUGGGAAUCUCCUGCAAAAGAAAAAUUCCGGAGGCCCAUACUUCCCUGGAAGUUGUGCGGAUUCGAUAUGGUCGGACCGCACAUAUUGUAUUUAUGGUGCUGUGUUUGAUCAACAAUAUCUUCGCAUGCGCAAACAUGCUCCUCGGGGCCGCUGCCGUGAUCUCCGCAGUAUCGGGCAUGCAUGUCAUUGCUGCCACAUUUCUGCUGCCGGUUGGCGUAACGGUCUACACUUUUGUUGGAGGAAUCAAAGCAACCUUUUUGACGGACUAUUUCCAUACGGCAGUGAUCCUGAUAAUUGCGUGUUAUUUCUCUAUCAAGGCCUUCUCAGUCGAUCAGGUUGGUUCUGUGGGCAACCUCUUCGAGCUCCUCAAGGAGGCAGCACAACGGCACCCGGUCGCUGGAAACCAGGCGGGAACGUACUUAACAAUGACUUCCAAGAGCGCCAUCCUUUUCGGUAUACUACACACUUGCGGUAACUUUGGUCUUGUCGUUAUGGACACUAGCUACUUCAUCAAGGCUUUUUCAGCUUCUCCGGCCGCAGUUGUUCCUGGAUACACCAUCGGCGGCAUUGCUUAUUUCGCCAUCCCGUGGGCCUUGGGAACGGUAAUGAGCUCUGUUGCUCUGGGACUUGAAAACCAACCCAACUUCCCUACUUAUCCGAGACGAAUGACAUCCUCGGAAGUGAGUGGUGGCCUAGUCUUGCCAUAUGCAGCUAUGACCAUUGCAGGCAAAGGUGGCGCCGCGGCAGUUCUCCUGAUGACCUUCAUGGCUGUAACUUCUACCCUCUCAGCCCAAGUUAUAGCAGUCAGUUCGAUCUUAAGCUUUGAUGUUUACCGCGAGUACUUCAAAAAAUCUGCAACUGAUAGAGAUCUGAUUCGUUCGAGUCAUUUUGGUGUCAUCUUCUUUGCGGCUUUCUCGGCUGGAUUCAGUACAAUGCUGCACUAUGUCGGCAUUGACCUCGGUUGGACCCUCUACAUGCUGGGAGUGGUAACAUGUCCCGGCAUUUUCCCGAUGGUUUUCACUGUACUAUGGCGGCGUCAAAGUAAAGCAGCGGCUAUUCUUUCCCCCAUCCUUGGACUGGCAACCGGUCUUGCUGUAUGGCUGGCCACUGCCGCUCAUUUUGGCGGCGAAGUCUCCGUGAAAAGCACAGGACAGGUCUUGCCCUGCAUGUACGGCACGGUGGCAUCUUGCUUUUCGCCUAUCCCCUACUCCAUUUUGAUUACUUUGUUUCGGCCUCAGAGAUACGAUUGGGCUGAUUUCAAAAAGAAAAAGUUGGCUUUAGAGAAGCUAGACAGCGACCUGACAACCAUUCACCAUGGAGAAUCUCCACACUACCGGGCAGAUACCAGUGGUGAGGAUGGAGGCGUACGCGAUGCCAAAGUUAACUCGCAAGAACUCAAACGUUGGGGCCGUAUAGCAGCUUUCUGGUCUCUGGCGACAUUUCUCGGCCAUUGGGUGAUUUGGCCGUUGCCGAUGUAUGGGUCCCACUAUGUGUUCGAGAAAAAUUUCUUCAUUGCCUGGGUCGUAAUUUCCAUCAUCUGGCUUUGGGGCACGAUGAUGGUUGCUAUUUUAUACCCUCUUCUCGACGGUGGCAUCCAGCAGAUACUUCAAGUCUACCGUGGGCUUCUGGGACAAAGAAGCAUCGGAAAUACCAACUCAAACCUCACUCAGAAAGGAGAAACUAGCGCAGUGCCAUCUUCACCAUCUGUGGGGUCGAUUAGUGACCCCCAUCAAGGUUAA